CCCAGUUCGCUUCUGUCGUUGGUUUCAUGAUACGUCGAUCUGAAUGUAACCAUCACAACUAAAGUCCAUCUAGGCAACUGUACUACCAUCUGAAAGCAUAUAACCACCACCAUGACCUCAAGAGGUUCGAAUCCCGUCUCGCGCCUUGCGGAAGCUGCCAAGGAGAAGGUUGCGCCCAGUACCUCCUCCAAAGCCAAGGAUCCCAGUGCAAACUGGACCCCGGAGGAGAUGUUUGAAACAACGUUGGAUCGGAACGGCAACCCAGUGCCCAAUGAUUCCUAUAUUGACGUGGAAAAAAUGAGAAAAGGACGACAAGGCCCGGACGAAGGAGAUGUCUUUGAGGCCGCAAAUGAGGACUUCGACUAGACUAAGUCAAGCCCGGUGGGAAUGAUGACGCUGGAGGCGUCCAUAGAGGGAGCAACGCGGCUAUAUGAUAUGAGACCAUGCGGAAUGUUCGAUGCUGUCAGUCACUCUUUGCAGGACAAGAGCGGUGGAUGCUGAGACAUGAGUGCAUGCAAUGUGUAAAUGUGGAUAGUGCUAGUAAUUUCCCGGUGGUGCACUCCUUGACCACCGGACCCAAUCGAAAC